AUGGAUAUAAUAGAAGAAUUUCAGGAGCAACAAAUUAUUUCGCACUCUGUUCUUCGUAACAUUUCGAAUGAUAACCAGUCUCAUAUUUCCUUAAUCGAUAUAAUCCCAUUACCAAAGGCGAUACACAUUCAGACACGACGCAAAAAUCCUAGCAAGCCGGAAAUAAUCACCGAUAGUCGUUUUAAAACUAAGUUGGAGGAGAAACAAAAACAAAUUGAUCAAAAAUCUAAUAAGAUUGGAAUACCAAAGAUGGACAUGAAAAGCAAAAGCAAUCCAAAGAAGAAAUAUAAUAUUAAGAAAGAUAAGGCUACAGAUAAAUCUUCGAAACAAGAAUACUAUUGUCCGGUUAUGUCGAGAAAAGUACGGAGAUACUGCUGA